UCUCUCUCUCUCUCUCUCUCUCUGUGUGUAGCGCUCUGCUUUUUUUCUCCAUUGCCUUUCCUCAGCAUCCCCCUUCUCAGAGAUGGCGUGUGUCGGUGCUGCUCGGGUUGCCGGGGCCUAACGUGCACACAGAAAGAAGACCCCCCCCCCCUCUCUUACCGAGAUUUGCUGCAUAUUCCUCGGGUGUCUCUUCUUACUGUGUCCUCCACCACUGCUGCUGCCUCUCAGCUCUCCGCCCACCCCACCUCCCCGUGCGGGUGUCUGGGAGUUUGGCCCUUGGGGGUGGAGGGAAUCAACAUCGUGCUUCGCUGGGGAGCUGUGCAGAAUUAGCCAUGCCCUGCCCAGGGAUCCUAUGACCGGCUGGGUUUCUACAUUCCUGUCCGUGUGCGCACCGGCAGACAACAUAGGAUGACAAUCUGCAGUCAUGAUGCAAGGACUGAAAAAACGAACCAGGAAAGCCCUGGGCUUACGAAAGAGAGACAAGGAUGCAGAUGCAACCAGGAGUUCACCUGACAAAGAAGGAGCUGGAAGCAGAAAGAAAGGAAAUAAAAAGGCCAAUGGAGCCCCAAAUGGUUUCUAUGGGGAGAUUGACUGGGACAGAUAUGCCUCCCCUGAUGUGGACGAGGAGGGCUUCAGCCUCCGGCCCGGUGACGAGGGCGAUGCAGCUUCCAAAGCAAAGCAGUUUUUCUCCUCCAGCGACUCCGAGGAUGACGAGGACAGCAAGAAGAAAUUCAAAAUUAGGAUCAAGCCGCUGGUGCCGGACAGUGCCAAGUGUGUCCCUCCAUCUAUGGAUGAGCUAAAAGCCUCAGUGGGAGGCCUGGCACUCUCUCCAUCUCUGAAGAGAAGUCCGAGACGCAGCCCGGGACAGAUAAAAAGGAAUUUAUCCUGUGAAGAGAUUGCCAGACCCAGACGCUCCACCCCCACACCAAGUCCUGCACCUGAGAUGCCAAGUGAGAGGCUGUCGCAGAACGUUCCUGCCUUUUUUGGGCUGCCUUCAGAGACAAAAUAUGCCAGAUAUGAUGUGGUCCCAACUGAAGUAUGGGGAGAAUCAAGACCAUGCUCAGAAUCACAGCUGAGCAGAAGUUUCCCGACAGGAGCCCCUCCUCCGCUUCCUCCAAAAAACAUUCCAUCAAGAAGUCAUUACGGCUAUUCUUCGGACUCUGCUGCUGAUCUACCCAAUGGAAGGGCAUCUCGGAGGUCUGCCCCCAUCUACCUGAACGUGCUGUCCCCCGCCUCUUACCGAGGCUCCCCGGCCCCUGACCUAGACGACGUGUUCGGCCCCACGGACAGCACCCACACCAGUGAGGAAACGAUGUCUCCCAGAUGGGUUAUUUUCACCAGCAACAGACCGCCGCCGCCUGAUGAGCCCGCACCCCCUCCCCCACCGGACUCUCCUCCUCCAGACACGCCCUCGUCCACCCCCUCCACCCCCUGUCUCUCUCCAGGUCCGCCGCCAAAUGAGCCCCCGCCUUCGCCUCCUUUGCUUUCUCCCGGGUCUCCUCCUCCUUUCACGCCACCAGAAUCCCCCUCUUCCAUCGUGCUCGGACCUCCUCCUCCAGAUGAACCAGCCCCUCCCCUGCCUCCCGACUUCUCCCCCUCUAGUUCGCCUCCAAUAUGCUUCGACCACGAGGCGAUCGAUGAGGAGGUGCUGCAGUUUGCGGAGUACUCUGCGUCCCCUGUCCCCAUCAGCCCUGUGCCCCCUCUGCCAGCAGAGCGGAGGUCUCCUCGGCCAGGAGUCACAUCACCCCUGGUCCUGGGGUGCAUGGGGGGAAAGAGGACUCCAGAGGGAGCAUACCUGAGAGAUGAUAUCCCAGAUUUUGUGGGUUCACCCAGAGAGCUGACACCGAGCUUCAGGGGCACGCCACCUCCUCUUCCUCCAACCACCUACAGGUCUAUUAUGUCUUCCCCAGGGCCCUCCUCCGGCAGCAGCCCCUCGUCCCCAGCCCGUCCCACCACGCCUCAGUCUCGAGGCAGCCUCGUCCCCCCGCCUCCUCCUCCUCGACCGUCCUCGCGACCAAAGCUGCCCCCAGGGAAACCAAUCACAGACCUGACUCGGCCCUUCAGUCCUCCAGUUUCAGGCAGCCCCCCACCUUUCGCCCCCCUGGCCCGGGCAGAGAGCUCUUCCUCCAUCUCCUCCAUUAUCUUACAGAGUGCAUCGUCCACUCCAACCUUAGGAAGGGACCUUAACAUGUCCGCCACAGAGGCCUCACAGCCUCUGGUAUGGUUUGACCACGGCAGGUUUUAUUUAGCUUUUGAAGGAUGCUCCAGAGGACCCAGUCCGCUCACCAUGGGACCCCAGGACACUCUGCCAGUGGCAGCUGCCUUCACAGAAACCAUCAAUGCCUACUUCAAAGGCGCAGACCCCAGCAAAUGUGUUGUGAAGAUCACAGGGGAGAUGGUGCUGUCUUUCCCUGCCGGCAUAACCAGGCAUUUUGCCAGCCACCCAAUUCAACCCAUCCUCACCUUUAGCAUCAGCAAUUACAGCCGACUGGAGCAGAUCCUUCCCAAUCCACAGCUGUUGUGCUGUGAUUCCACAACAGACAGUGUAGACACAAAGGAGUUCUGGGUGAAUAUGCCAAACUUGAUGAGUCAUCUGAAAAAAGUGGCUGAACAGAAGCCUCAGGCAACAUACUACAACGUGGACAUGAUCAAAUAUCAGGUGUCAGCAGAGGGGAUCCAGUCCACUCCUCUGAACCUGGCGGUGAGCUGGCGAGGCGACAGCACCAACACAGACCUUAGAAUUGACUACAAAUACAACACAGAGGCCAUGGCGGCCCCCGUGCCACUACACAACAUCCAGUUCCUGGUUCCUGUGGAUGGAGGCAUGGCCAAACUCCAGGCCAUGAUCCCCCCCGCUACCUGGAAUCCAGAGCAGCAGACAAUACAGUGGAAAAUCCCCAGUCUCUCUCAUAGAUCUGAAAAUGGAGGAGUAGGGGCUCUUCUGGGCCGGUUCCAGAUGACAGAAGGUCCCUGUAAACCCUCACAGCUGGCAGUCCAGUUCAGCAGUGAGGGAUGCACUCUGUCGGGGUGCGACAUCCAGCUGGUUGGGACAGGCUACCGGUUAUCGCUGAUCAAGAAGAGAUUUGCUGCAGGGAAAUAUUUGGCGGAUAAUUAGUGGACCUUUUUUGUGAACGGAACCAAAAGAAUCAAUGGCUUUUGACUGUGAAGAUUAUGGAUCCAUCCCAUGUUUAGUGCAUUUGAAACUUUCUUGAGCAAACAUUUGAAUUAAUGGUUGAGAUUUAAGAGAAUAACACAACACAAAAGCAGAUGAUAUUUGAGUUUGUAAUAUAAUUUUCAGUAGACUGACUGCUGCUGAGUUUAUGCAAGUAAAUACAAAUCAUUAGUUUUGUGCACUUGGAACACAUACGGGCUUAGGUAGAAUAAUACAUAGGGAAGCUCUGAUUCUUUGUUCUUGUUUUCAUACUUGUGGAUUCAUAGAGUGAUCCAGCCUUAUUCAUUGCAUUCUAACUGGUCGUCAUUGCAAAUGCACUGUAAAAGAUAAUGUGAAUAGAUGAUACAAUAUUAAAACAAUCUUAAACAAGGUGUAAAAGACUGGAAAUGCAAAAAA